CUUGGAUAUAAUAGUCUGUCGCCGACCUAGUUUCGAAAACAGGAGGACGCGAAGGACAUAGUUUGGGAUCCCACCGACCUAGAAUUAAGAAUGCAUUUGUGUGUUGGUGUACUGCUGCUUGUGGGGUCAGUUCUGGCCCAUUCGCUGGAUAACCUUUCCCUGGAUGCAGCCUGGGAGGGGUGGAAGAACACUCACAAGAAGGAAUACAAUGGCCUGGACGAGGAGGCAAUUCGUAGGACCAUUUGGGAGAAGAACAUGAUGCUGAUUGAAGCUCAUAAUAAAGAGUAUGAGCUGGGAAUCCACUCCUAUGAACUGGGCAUGAAUCAUUUGGGUGACAUGACAUCAGAGGAAGUAGCGCUGAAGCUGGCUGGCCUCAUGUUGCCAUUGAAUAAAGAUCGUAACAACACGUACAUUCCCGAAGACUCACUGAAGAGACUCCCCAAAUCCAUCGACUACCGCAAACUGGGCUAUGUCACGUCAGUCAAAAACCAGGGGUCCUGUGGCUCUUGCUGGGCCUUCAGCUCUGCAGGUGCUCUGGAGGGUCAGCUUUUUAAGACUAAGGGCCAACUAGUUGACCUCAGCCCUCAGAACCUGGUCGACUGUGUCAAAGAGAACUAUGGCUGCGGAGGUGGCUACAUGACCAACGCCUUCAACUACGUGAAACAAAACGGAGGCAUCGACUCAGAGUCCGCCUACCCCUACGUGGGACAGGACCAGCAAUGCGCCUACAGUGCAUCUGGAAAGGCGGCAGAAUGCCGUGGCUACAAAGAAGUGCCGGAAGGUAACGAGCGGGCGCUUGCCUCAGCGUUGGUCAAGGCUGGCCCGGUGUCUAUUGGCAUCGAUGCCACUCUGUCCACUUUCCAGUUCUACAAGAGAGGUGUGUAUUAUGACCGCAACUGCAAUCAAGAAGACAUCAAUCAUGCGGUUCUCUUAGUGGGCUACGGCGUCACAACCAAAGGGAAAAAGUACUGGAUCGUCAAGAACAGCUGGGGUGAGGAUUGGGGAAACCAAGGUUACAUUUACAUGGCACGAAACCGCGGCAACCUCUGUGGCAUUGCCAACCUUGCCAGCUUUCCCAUCAUGUAAGUGGUGAAUGCAGGACGGCCUUUGAAGGACUUUAAGGGAAACCACAAAAAUACUUCUGGCUUUUGCCAAAUCUCCCAGGGGCUGAAUGUGUCUGCCUUUGAUACACUGCAAUUGGAUUUUAACGUUUUUUUUGUUCGUCUUUGGAAAACACUUUGUACUUUCUGCAUUUAAAAGUAAGAUUUGGUGGAAGACCUGGUUCAGAAUGAUUGCUAAUUUUAUGGACUUUUGUGAAAGAUACAGUGCUGAUGUAUUUAUGAUCAAUUCCAGUUUACAGCUGCUUUUGUGCAACAUAUGGAUGUUGUCAAAUGGUGUUGGUCCAUAUGUUGGUUUUUUUACAUCUCCAGCUUUCUCAUGCUAUCUGUACCACUUCAUUUAGUUCUGUGUGUUAUUCGAUAAGAUUCCCCUGGUGGGGAUCCCCCAUCCCAGGAACAGUUCUGUUUUGUCCAAGCAAUGGAAUGUUGCUUGAAGUUG